GAUACUUUACAGAGGAGGGAUGUAUUGAAACAGACUACUGCUACUUACAGCACUGUAUAGCAGCCCGGCUCCUGCAUUUUGCUGCCUUACUCUGCCCCGAAUGCACUGGAAUGGGGAUGGUCCAUCAUUAACUAUAAACUGAUUCUCGUCAGGAAACUGCACAUUAUCUCACCAUCACUUCAAAGGUCUCGUCAGGCAGAGGUGACGCCAGGAGAUGAUUUAAAGGUGAAAAUGACAAGGUUUCCACCCCUCAAACCUUGGCUCCUUUUCUGACAAUACAGUCUGAAUGAACCCAAUGUCUCCUUUAUUGUGGAAAUAGCAUCCGAAGAGAAAAACAUAUUUUUUUAAAUCCUGAUAAAGAAGAUUAUUGGAAAGCUCUUUAAAAAAAAUCUUGAAUUGUGGCACAGAUGGAUUUUAGAAAGUGUUAGAGCUUUCCAAUGAACGCUAAUAGAGUACUCUGCUCUUGGCUGGAUUUUUCAGAGAAUGGCAAUGGUCUCUGCGAUGUCCUGGGUCCUGUAUUUGUGGAUAAGUGCUUGUGCAAUGCUGCUCUGCCAUGGAUCUCUUCAGCACACUUUUCAGCAACAUCACCUGCACAGACCAGAAGGAGGGACAUGUGAAGUGAUAGCAGCACACAGAUGUUGUAAUAAGAAUCGUAUUGAGGAGCGGUCCCAAACAGUAAAGUGUUCCUGUCUACCUGGGAAAGUGGCUGGAACAACAAGAAAUCGACCUUCUUGUGUCGAUGCCUCCAUAGUGAUUGGGAAAUGGUGGUGUGAGAUGGAGCCUUGUCUAGAGGGAGAAGAAUGUAAGACACUCCCCGAUAAUUCCGGAUGGAUGUGCGCUACAGGCAAUAAAAUUAAGACCACAAGAAUUCACCCAAGAACCUAACAGAAGCAUUUGUUGUAGUAUUAAAGGAAAACCAACCCUGUGGAAAAUACAUUUUAAGAAUUUAAAACAUCCAACACAUUACAAGCCAAAUGGAUUUCUUAUUUGCACUUUGGCAAUCAGAUAAUCACAGUGCUUUUACUAUGUGUCACGAAGUAUCCUAUAGUGGAAAGACUCAGUUUUUGGUCAACAUCAUGGAAAGUGCGUUUUAAAUAAAAGAGUUUUCUCAAUGAAAUUUUUGGGGAUUAUGAAGAACGAUCAACUCUUCUAAUUUGGAUCUAUAGUUACUUUGUACCAUUUGAAAUAUAUGUACAUAUAAUAUUUUGAAAUAUUAUAUAUUCUCUUCAAGAAAUGAACAGUACCACAGUUUGAGGUGGCUGGUGUAUCUCUUUGAGUUCUGGAUGUUUUGUUUUUUUCUCUUUUUGUUGUCAUUUCUUUUUCUAUUGGCAAAGAAGACAUGUGCCCUUUUGAGAGUUCAACAUGGCAGUCACGCUGGAAGGCCAGCUACAGGUGGACUCCUGGAAUUUGAGGGAUAGUAAUACUGAAUCAAGAGCUUCCUUCUGUUUCUACCUGAUGGCCCAAGGAAGCACAGCGUCCUGUUUUAUUGCUUUCUGCCCUGCGCAAUAUUAGCAUGCAAGCUUGGCUUAUAUAACCAUACUUUAUAUUCAAUUGAUAUAUGAUAACCGUUUUAACCUCUUCCAGGAAACUAUUUUUAGAACUACAAGCUUUUACACUGAUAAGAGUGAGGAUUUUGGAGGGAGCUGCUCCAACAUGCUCUUAAGACUCUGGCAGAGUUAUGGUAGAAUAUGGAUCCCUGUAUUAAUAAGUCCUGUAAAUACAAUGUCUUAAGGCUUUGUAUAGCUGCCCUAGACUGCAGAAGUGUCCUCUGAUUAAAUCCAAAGUUUGGCAUCAUUAAGUACAUAGUGCUGUAGCCACAAGUCUCAUCGUGGCACUUUUUUCUAUGUUUGAUUUGCUUUUUCCAAGAAUAUUCAAAUCUCUUCUGGCGAGAUAGGAAAACCAUUAAAGCAAUUAGGUUUCAGAAUAAUCUAUGUGACCAAAUGUUGGACAGCCCUAUUAAAGUGGUAAAUAACUUCUUUCUAAA